AUGAAGAGAAACCCAACAAAUACACUAAUAGUUACAAAUAUUCCAAAUCUGUUAUAUGAUGAUCCUCAACCAUUAGUUAAAUAUCUUACUCUGCAUCAACAACAUGUAAUGGAAUUAACAGUACUUAAUAAUUUUAAAAGAUUUUUAAUUCGAUGCGAUUCAUCAACUACUGCUAGUGAAAUUAAACAAAUUAUUGAAAAUUCACCAGAUUUUAAUGAUUUUAACAUAACUUAUAGUCUAAAAGAUAAUAAGAUAGGACCACAAUUUUUAGAAAUUCCCAAGGAUUUAGAAAUGAAAAGAUUUUUAAUAUCUCCCCCGGGAUCUCCUCAUGCUGAAUGGGAUAAUUGGGAUAAAGUUGAAGAAGGUCCUAAUGAACAAAAUAUUCAUGAUUAUUUAUGGGAAAAAUUGGGUAAGUUGAGUGAUGACGAACACGAGGAAGCUGAAGAAGAUAACCAACAGAAUGAAAUAAAAAUACAAGUACCAACCAUUGUUCUUGAUCCUCUGUAA